CGGGCGGCAGGUGUCAGCGGGCGACCAAUAGCACAUUGCCACCGGCAGCAGCAGCCACAGCCGGGGUUUGUUUACAUGGUGUGUGACAGGUGGACCCCAUGGCGCUCACCAUCCCCUCUGCCUCCUGCUGAACUCUGAUAACCCCGGGGCUCGAGGAGACGCGAGGCGUGGCCCCCCACACCACACACACACCACCACCUGCGGUAGAGCACGCCGCCCAUGACGGCACGUUGAGGCACGGUGGUAGAGACACACACGGACCGGCAUGGGGCGCACGCAGCCCAAGACCAUGUCCAGCAUGUCCAGCCCCCUGGGGGUGAAGAGCCUGCUGGUGUUCACGGUGCUCAUGUUAGCCUGGCUCGCCGGCUUCCUCUCCAGGCUCUUCGCCGUCAUACGCUUCGAGAGCAUCAUUCAUGAGUUUGAUCCCUGGUUCAACUACAGAGCGACUGCCCAUAUGGUAACGAAUGGGUUUUACAACUUCCUUAACUGGUUUGAUGAGAGGGCAUGGUACCCUCUUGGGAGGAUAGUAGGAGGCACGGUGUACCCAGGGCUCAUGGUCACAUCGGGCAGUAUACACUAUGUACUUAAUUUACUCAAUAUCCCAGUACAUAUAAGAGAUAUAUGUGUCUUCUUGGCACCUAUUUUCAGUGGUCUAACAGCAAUUGCCACCUAUUUAUUAACCAAAGAAAUUUGGUCAGCUGGAGCUGGCCUGUUUGCUGCCUGCUUUAUUGCCGUUGUCCCCGGCUAUAUCAGUCGGUCGGUGGCAGGGAGCUACGACAAUGAGGGGAUUGCCAUCUUUGCCUUGAUGUUUACUUACUUCCUGUGGGUCAAGUCUGUGAAGACGGGUAGUUUGUUUUGGUCUUCAAUGGCAUCACUUUCAUAUUUCUACAUGGUGAGCGCGUGGGGUGGUUACGUCUACAUAAUCAACCUCAUUCCCCUGCACGUGUUUGCCCUCUUACUGAUGGGGCGGUUCUCUCACCGCCUCUACACUGCAUACACAACUUUCUAUAUCCUGGGGUUAAUUUGCUCCAUGCAAAUACCAUUUGUUGGUUUCCAGCCAAUAAGGACCUCAGAACAUAUGGCAGCAGCUGGGGUUUUUGCGCUUCUGAAUGCCGUAGCAGUGCUGAAGUAUCUGCAGAGCGUCAUGACCCGAGCAGAAUUCCGACACUUCUUCCUUGUGGCUGCAGGAACUGCUGCUGGAGCCGUUUUCCUGGCUGUGGUGGGGCUCACCUGGAUGGGCAUUGUGGCUCCCUGGAGUGGCAGAUUCUACUCUUUGUGGGACACUGGAUAUGCCAAGAUACAUAUUCCCAUUAUUGCAUCUGUAUCAGAGCAUCAACCCACAACAUGGUUCAGCUUCUUUUUUGACCUGCACAUUCUUGUGGCUACCUUCCCUGUCGGGAUAUGGUACUGUAUAAAAAAUAUCAAUGAUGAGCGAGUCUUCAUUGUAUUGUUUGCUGUCAGCGCAGUUUAUUUUGCUGGCGUUAUGGUGCGUUUGAUGUUGACGCUGACGCCGGUCGUUUGCGUACUGGGGGGAAUUGCCUUCUCGCGUCUCUUUGAAGUCUAUUUGAAGGAGGAGGAGCAGUCGCGUCCACAGAGCGGAGACUCCAGUGAUGACGAUGAAGAUGGAGAGAAGAAUAAUAAAUACGAUAAGGCUGGUAAACUACGUAAAAUGAAGCACGAGCAACAGUCGAGCAAUGAUGGGCUUGGCGUCAACAUCCGUAGCAUGGUGAUUGUGGCAGUAUUGAUGAUCCUCAUGAUGUUCUCCGUCCACUGCACAUGGGUUACCUCCAAUGCUUAUUCUUCGCCUUCAAUAGUCCUAGCAUCAUACAGCCAAGAUGGGAGCAGACAGAUUUUAGACGAUUUUCGUGAGGCAUACUACUGGUUAGCGCAAAACACUGACACUGAUGCUAGAGUAAUGUCCUGGUGGGAUUAUGGCUACCAGAUAGCUGGAAUGGCAAAUAGAACUACUCUAGUUGACAACAACACCUGGAAUAAUUCUCACAUAGCCCUAGUAGGAAAGGCCAUGUCCUCCAAUGAAACUGCCGCCUACGACAUAAUGACCGCACUUGACGUGGACUAUGUGCUUGUGAUAUUUGGUGGUGUCAUUGGGUACUCCGGUGAUGAUAUAAACAAGUUCCUGUGGAUGGUGAGGAUUGCAGAGGGCGAACAUCCAAAAGACAUAAAAGAAAGUGAUUAUUUCACUGAUCGUGGAGAGUUCAGAGUGGAUUCCCAGGGAUCAGCAACUCUCUUGAAUUGCCUUAUGUACAAGUUAUCUUACUAUAGAUUUGGAGAAUUGAAGUUGGACUUCAGAACUCCUCCUGGCUUUGACCGCACUCGUAACACUGUCAUUGGCAAUAAAGACUUUAAGUUGACAUAUUUGGAGGAGGCUUACACUACGGAGCACUGGUUGGUGCGAAUCUACAGAGUUAAAAAGCCUGAUGAGUUCAACCGACCACGCAUCCCAGUGUCACAGCGGAAGGUUAAGCGGAGGAAUGUCUAUCUCACUAAAAAGGAGCUGUAUAGUGAUCACGACACAAGCAAGAAACGCCGAGGCACCAUCAAGAACAGACCGGUGGUCGUGAAGGGUCACCGACCAAAGACUAAGGUUACAUAAGGUUUAGAGAAGGUUUAGAGUGUAGUUGACUGAUAAAAUCAUCCUCUUCCCCACUUUUUACUUUGUUACUAGUUCCUCUAUUGUCCAUUUCACUUUUCACCUUUUGUGUGUGUGCUAGGAUGUGACUUUUGAUGUGUGAAAGAAUAUGAUGUACUGUACUUCCAUGAUAAUUUGAAGGAUAGCAUUUGCAAAAAAAAAAUAAAUAAAAAAAAAAUAAGAAAAAAAGGGGAAGUGGAAAGAAAAUGUGUAAAGUAGCAUUGGGAAGAUUACAAUAGGUAAUAAACCAAAAAAGGUUCAUGUGGUAUUUAUGAUAAAAUAUCUUAAAUCUUCUUCAAGCAACUAUGCUUCCAGAUAUUCAUACCUUGAUGCCAGUUGGAGAAGAAUGAUGUGAAGCCAGCCCAUGCCUUAGCUUUGCUGUGAAAUAAAUCAUGCUGAAGCAUUUGAAUAAUUUAACACGUUUUUGUAUCAUAAUGCCUAAUUUUGGCGUAAUGGUUUGAAAAUUAAGCGGUACCUAUAUUAUCUUGCCCUGUUAGCAGAAUGUUUUUUUUUCUUUUGUUUUUAUCACACAUUUGUCAUGGAUAAUAAAUCUUCCUGUUAAGUGGGUUGUAGAUUAUGUAGGUAUUGUUAUGAAUGAAUGAAUUGGAAGUGAAGCUACAACUAUUGGGGUCGAUCAUAUUAGUUCUCUUCGAUGUAAUUUCUGAAUACCUGUCAGUGUCCAGUUGUCAAGGCAGUCAUUAUGGUUAUUCUCAUGUAAAGCUACAUGGCUACAAUGUGUGUUGCAGGGAAUAUAUAUUUUUUAAUUAAAAUUUUGUUGGGUAAGCUUAACUCAAUGCUGGGUGGGGAGCAAAAUUGGGAUAAAUGAGGGUUUUGUUAUAAAUAGAGUUUAAGGUAUGAACUGUAAUAUACACUUGGCUGGUUGUAAAUGACAGUACAGGUUCCAUAUUAUGUUACAGUAAAAAAAGGAUUCCUCUUAUACCAGUUACAACCAAGGAUACACUAUUAUCUUUAUUAAUGAAUACCACAGUAAGCUUUGUUGGAGCUUUAUCUGUUGAAAACUCUUAAAUUUCCAUAUAAUAAGUGCAAAGAUAUUUUUUAAGGCCUUGUGGAUACGUUUAAUUUGUUGUCAUUGAAUUUAAAUAAUUUUUGCAUUAAGGUUAAAUUAUUUGUAUAUUGCUGUAUUGAUUGAUGCAAUCUGUGGGCAUAAUAUUGUAACUGGUACUUGGCCGAGGCUAGGAAGAUUAAGGCGUGAACUGUAUGGCACUUAUAUUUUUGUCCAAAUAAAAUUUCAAAAUAAAAUUUAGAUGUCCUCAUUUGGGGAAUGUAUACCUUUGUAAUAAUUACAGGGGUAAUUCAAGUAGUUUAAGAAAUCAUUCCUAUCAUAUGUAGUGUAUAAUUAAAAGUACUGUAGAGUAUCAGAUGGAAAAAAGUUGAAUAUAUAUAUAUAUAUAUGGAUAUGGAUUAGCCCACAAUGCCUAGAACACGUUUUAUAGGAGUGGAUCUUGAGAAGUGACAACACCUCUGUAGAAUAUACCGGUAAUUCUUAGUAUAUUAUUAAAUGACGGGAAAGCAGAUACGGUGUGUAACAUUAGUGUCCGGUCUAAACCUUGUGUAACAAUGCCUGUAUAUAGUAUCCACCAUUGUAAGACAUCAAAAUUAAUUAUCAUAAGAAAAUAAAUGUCCAGUGUUUAUUUUGGUACUUUCAUCAUAACUACCUAAGAAAGACAAUAAAUAAUAGUUUGACAUUGUGUGUGGCAAAUCUUGAUAUGUUUUUGGCUGCAUGGUGUUGGUGACUUAAUGACUGCAAACAGGAGUUGAUAAUUGGCAAGACUCCAAACUGAACAUGCAAACGGCCACAUUAUAGUAAAUUUGCAAGACUAACAAGAAAACAACAUGAACACUUCUAUUAUUCAACAUUCUAGUCUUAUGUGAAAUCUUAUGUGUUUUUGAUAAGUUUGCUAAUUGGGGAUGUUUGCAGCAACAAGUGCCCAGUAGCCGAGUGUAAAUAAUGAGCGAUAUUGUGAGGGUGAUGAGUCUAGGUGUAGUGUAGCACAGGAGAUGUACACUACAGCAUCCCUUUCACAAAUGGGAUCUCAUAUUUGUUUGAAAAUGAUGGGUUACCUUGUGGGUGAAUACAGGAUUGAUUUAUUAAGGCAAAGUGCAUUGCUUGCAUAACAAUUGUUUUUGAAGCAAAGUGUGAUUACUUUUUUACACCACACAAACUUGAUGGCUGUAAUUGCAAAUCUGGAAGUGAUAUGUGAGUAUUGUGGAAUGUUCAGAUGAUUUUUAUAUGAUGUUGAACAUUUAUGAGAGUAUAUAAAUUAUAGCUUUUAUUUAUUUUAUUAUGAAACUUUAAUUCUGUUCCAAAAGUUUUAGUUAGAGGAGUUAUAAUUCAUAAAUGUUGGAGUGGCAAUAUCCACUUGCCUAACCACGAAGUAUUUUGUUUAAAAGGGGGAAACUGGGUUGUUGUUGAAUAAUUGAAAGCAGUCAUAUUUUUCUUUGUAUUGGUGACAGGGUUUGUACUAUUGAUUUAUACAAAUUAGUAUUCAAUAUACUUAUUGAUCUUUUAAUCUUUGCACAGCACAAUUUUUUGUGCCAUUGAUUUUAUUUUCUCUUUAUUUCUGGUGCCUCAAGUUAAGCACGUUCCAUUAGAGUGAACAGUGUUGUUAUCACGACGUUACUGUGUUUAUAUAAAUGCAUAAGGAUCCAA